AUGGCCGAUCAAGUAGAUACCAUGUCAGACGCGGAGCUCCGCACAAAACUAGCCGAGCAUGGGUUCCCAAUUAUGCCUAUAACAGCUUCUACCAGAAAAUUGUUGGUAAAAAAGCUCAAAAUGGUAUUAGACAACAAAACCAAACCUCGCAAUAGCGUAGACAAAGUAGAGAGUCGACGGUCCCUUGCGCGGUAUUCAAGCGGCGAAGAAUCUGAUCUGGAUUCUUCAAACAUAUCGAAAGAAAAACGUAGCCGUCGUGCAACUACUGGAGGUGCUAUGUUGCCGCCAGUGACAAACAAGUCCAGACGAAUUCCAUUAAAGAAGGAUUCACCGAUAAAACGCGACAUUGAUAAAGGAUCUGAAUCUGAGGAUGAAAAGUCACCUGUAAGAACACAUGAGGAGGUGGAAACCGUAACAACACGUCGUGUUACUCGUACAUACGCAGCUAAUGACCAAGACGACUAUGAAACAGGUUCUGAUAGUGAUGUUGAUGCUGAAAAGAAGCCUUCGAGUCCAUUAAGAAGUAGCUCACGGUCAAGUGACUAUAUUUCCAGUACUUUACCCAGUAAUGACCCAUCCCCGAGCCCUCCAAGGUCAUCUUUAUUCUCUCGUCCAACAUUAUCUAAUACUAACUUCUCAUCUUCACUGUCAUCUUCUGAUCAUCUUAAUUCUAUAAGAUCUCGACUCGGGCUGACAUCAUCCUUAGCAGACCGCCCUUCAGGCAGUUCUUUCACAUCUAAUUACACAAGCAGUGCUUUUCAACCUUCAACGUCUACUAUAGAUGAAGUAGAAUCUCCUUAUUUAAGUAAUUUCACACGACGUCUAUCUUCUCUCAAAGCUGAGCCUCCGAAACCAACCACAUUUCUGGACAGAGACACUACUAAUGGUAGUCCGCUGAUUCCUCGUAGAUCGUUCAUAUCCGGUGUGCCUAGAUCUGAAAUUAUAGACUAUAAAGCCUCCAAUGAUAAAAAGUUUUUGAAAAACAACUUAGUUUCACUCGCCCUUGUAGCUCUUGUCGCACUUUUUUUUUUUUGUCUAGUUUUCAUGUACAUAGUAAAAAAGAAUGACAUCACCUCAGUAGUAGAUGACCAGAACAGUGUUAUACCUAUUUGUCAAUUUAAUCUUCCCGGACACAGACCGGGCUUUAAUUGUGUGCCUCAAGAACAAGUGAUUCAUGCCAAGAAUCUGUUAAAAGUUAUCCAUCCGAAAUUAACGGAAUGCGCUGCCGAAUACAAAUGUGGUAAGCCUGGGGCCUUGCCGUAUGUAACUGAAAGAGAAAUUAUAGACUUGGCCAGUGCUCGAGUAGAUGUUAACCAGUGUCGCAAAGAUCUUAACAAUCUACAGGUUUUACUUGUAAACAAUCCUAGAUGGGGUAUUAAUGUUGUGCAAACUGAAAAUUUAUAUUCUCCAGAUGUUAAAUACAUACCAAUCACAAGUGUUGAUAUGGUUGUGCAACAGAGGAAUAAAGGCAGUGUAGCUUUAGCCCUAUCUGAUCCAUCGACCCCUAUCUCAUGUCUCUUUGUCAACACCCUUUACUCUGCCGGAACAACCAUUGCCGUUAUCGGAAUAUUGUCUGUAUUGUUGUUAGGUUUACAAAGAUUUUACAAAUAUUAUAUACAUUGUCAGAAGAAAAAGAGUGAAGAAAUUUAUUCUAUGGUUGAACAGAUUAUAGAUGUGAUCUCUCAAGAGACUGAAGACAGCGGGGAACCAUACAUAUCCGUCGAUCAUGUCAGAGAUACUCUUAUAUCACCUCAGAAUAGAGAGAAAAUGUCUUCGGUUUGGGAUGCCGCUGUUAAGUUUAUACAGAAAAAUGAGAGUCGAGUCAGAAUGGAGGUUCAGUCUGUGGAUGGAGAGGAUUGUAGGGUAUGGAGAUGGAUUGCUUCCCACAACAGUCCGAAACGCAGUACUUCGUGGCAAGGACAGGCAUUUGUUACUCAAGAAGGCUCCGUUAACAAUCUCACUGUAUCUCCAACGCCAUGUCUCAAAAUCCGCAACAUGUUUGACAAAAAUGACACAAACCCAAAUCUAAGGACCGUUAUUCAGGAUGUUAUACUAGAGAAAUGUGAACGGAGCAAUAUUUUGCAUAUUGAUAUCGAGAGUGCUUCCUGUUGCGUGUAUGUGAAAUGCGCCACCCCAGCGGACGCGGGCAUAGUGUACAAGAACUUGCAUGGUUGGUGGUAUGAAGGAAGACUUAUUACUGUUAAAUAUCUACGCUUGGAACGUUAUAUGCAGAGGUUUCCGGGUUCCCCAUCAUCGGGAUUCUAUUUAAAACCAUCUCGUCUUCGAAGAACCUGGGAUGAAUGA